AUGGUCAAGAAGAACAAGGUGAAGUCGGAUACGCCGACCGUUGUGAGUCCGCUUGCGUCGGUGAUCCAUACAUAUAAGCCUAGCAUUCAGUCUUUGCUGGAGCUGAAUGUACAAGAGGGUGACCCUCACUUUGAACUUAUGAUAGUGGAGAAGGUGGUGGUGACACUCUUCAUGACACGGGGAGGCAAUAGUAUACUACAUCUGCUGUACGACCUCUCUUGCGGACGCAUCAAGCUGUCCGAGUACAGGCAAUCACUGAAGGUACGAUCGAAUGUCCACCAGUGGAAGACAUGCUACAAGGAGUGGGGGAGCCGGCGGGACACACUGUCGCGUUUUCUGGAUUUUUGUCUGCGGAAUGAGGACUGUGCGCUAGACUACACUGAGUACGGGCGUGUGAUGCGGAAGCUGCCGUUGCAGUUUCUGCUACCAGCGGGCCUGCACGCGUAUGUGCUUGACGAAGGAUACAAUCUUCUCCUUGAUUAUAUUAUUAAUAGCAGAUUGAUGUGGGAGGAGCUGCUGAUACAGGGCAUUCCGCGGCUACUGCCGGAGCUGAUAGAGGACUACAAUCGAGUGUUCGAGUUCAAUGGCUACUACACCUGGUACGGUGGCGCCCCGAGCGGGGCAGGCGCCGCCAAUUCGACACGAGAGCUCCACACUAAAGUGCUGUAUGCAUUGUUUGAUAAACUUACAGUAGCGAAAGAGCUGCUGCCGCGUUUGAAUGCAACUGUCUGGAGCCAUUCUUGGCCUCCUAUGUACCACAAGCACGGCAUUAACGAAUUUUCGAACGAAGAAGAGGAUCUAUACGACUUCGAUUCAGAAUUAGAGGGCGAUAGCUGGCCACAGCACAAGUCAUCCGCUAAAGAGCAGGUGUAUACUUUUGAGCUGAAUAGAGAUGGCUCACUAGAGUUUCCGAAUGUGUUUUUGCAUACUAGGAGGAGGCAUGAGACGCUUUACAGGAUACUAGGUCUGCCCAAUAGAGAAUGCCCGCUUCUGCGAGCCCAAUUCAUGACGUUGUGUGCGUUAGUGGAUCCCAUAACCCAACCUCCACCCACAGAAAAGCAUAUAAUAUCCAUUGACUUAAUUUAUCAGAUGUUCCUGGGGUCAAUUUCAUCAUUACUGGAGUCAUCGCUCAGGGGCCAAGAUUGGAGGUUUCAUGUUUGUCAUAACUUACAGAAAAUUAUUUUAGCCACAAUGAAAAGGUUGAAUUGUCAUGAUAGUGAAGUGCUGAAUUCGAUUAAUAACAGUGAUGAAACAGUACAUUGGAAUGUUAACAUCGGAAAGUGGACCCCUCGAGGCCUCAAUACACAAGACUUGGAAUUACUGUACAUGGUAGACAUGUUGGGUAUAUACACUAUCUACCAGUUAUACUCUGAUCUACCUGUUCAGAUGAAUCCUUUUCUACCGCUGAGCUUUCAUUUAUGGAAGAAUCUAACCAAUGUUCUACUCCUGGGCCUUGAAAUAGAUCGGUUUGAGGAAGAUCGAGAGACCUUCAGCACACCCAUUAUAGUACGUGCGACCAUAAGGGGAUCCGCAGCAUUACGAAGUGUGGUUGCAACAAUGAUUAACAGCCACUUUUCGAUUAAGGAACAUGAUUUUAAGCAUGAGCCCAUAAAUUUGUUUAUGUCGCCACACGGAAGGAAACUUUGUCAAGGUGCUCUCUAUGCCGAUGUCCGAUCACACGCGGCUGCAAUGCUCGCUCUGGGUAUUGAAUUAAACGACGUAACAGAUUUACUCAGUGACUUGCAGCCUGGCGACAGAUUUGAUGAUGACGUGAAGUACAUGUUUGACUAUGAAUACGAUGACUAUAAUGCAAUUGACCCAGAACAAUUGUACGACGAGAACGAAGAAGAUCUAGAAAGGUUGGAAGAAAUCCAGCAACGUGAGAGGAUUAAGGAUAUGAGGGGAUAUUACAAGAGAUGUCACUGCGUCUUUGAUGAUGACGAGUUACUUUCUGAUGAGGAGGGAACGGAUACUGGGGAACACACUGAUAACCACAUAACGGAGACUGUUCAAAGCGCUCCUCUGAAUCUCGUAACAGGUGUAAGCACUUCUGGUCCACAAAAAGUAGCCGUGCGCUCACGGGAUUACGUUGAGUUCGAUUUUAAUGGUAAGGACUGGCGUGAUAUUCCGCGAGGAAUGAACUUCUACUAUGUAGAAGACUAUGUUUUCGUCAACAAGUUACAUGCAGAUGUAUUGCACUACCUUAUGAAAGAGGCUACUAGCAAAAAACUGGAAUCCAACCAAUCUUCUUUCAUAUUGCGGAGCGUGGCCACAUGUAUAAAACUGGAGCAGGAGAAAACCAUGGUUCAUGAUGCGAUAUUCAAAUCCAAGGAUAAAUCACCCCUUUCCGCAUCAGGGUCCGAGGGUUCAAAUGGGUUAACAAGUGAUUUUAUCUACGAGAAAUGGUGCGAAGAUGCCUUGUUUGAGAAGAUGAUGUACUAUAAUAAUGACUUAGUGUGGAGAAUGAUGGAUGAAAUGCUUAUGUGCAGUGGUUAUCGCAGGGUCCUGAUUUGGUUCAUAACACACCUGGAACUUUCUCAUUCAGUGAUCCAUUACAUCUUCGAGUUAGUCAUGGGCAUGAGAGGUAACGUUGCCUAUAAGGACUUGGAAGAAGAAUAUAUAAUAAAUCGAAAUCUGGAUCUUUUGGAUUCUUUCUCGUUGGGCUCCUCCUGUAUUCCUGCUUCAAUACCCUUUUCCCGUCAAGGGCCUAUUGUACUUUCUACUAUUGAAGUGAACAUGCUUCUCCAGGAGUUCUUCAUUAAUGCUGCGAUAUAUUUUUCGAAUUACCUUCGUGAUACUGCUUCCUAUGAACAUUUAGAUGUCGAGCAACCUGAAGAACAAACGGAAAUUGAGGAGGGCGAAGCAGAAGACGAAAUCGCGGAUGAAAGGCUUACUGCUUCCUCACAUGUACUUGGUCUGAUGAAGCUUCUUUGCUUUAUGGUCGAUAUGUUGAUAGAGAAGAAAAAGUUGGACUUCACAGACUCCGAAUACUUGUUUGAGUUGCAGACCUUGCUCAUGAACUGGAUUGGGCUCGUUCCGGAAGCUCGUACUCUAUUUUUCAAACUCAAGUCAACACUCUUAAACUCUUCUGCACUGAACGGUUCAGCGCUAUCACAUUUGGAGGGUGAGCUGGCAUCCAAUGACAACGACGACAGCGAGCCGGUAGACACGGCGGAAGAUGCAGGCCCGAUGGAUAAAAGCAACGGCCUGGAUGGUCUUCCCCUUUGCGACAUCGGCGCACUUACUAAUGGUCAGCCGACUUCUGCUGCGAACAGCGCACCGAAUGGCAUGUCCGAGAGUAACAUAUCUUACUGUAACCAGAUGUUGAUAAAGCUAUUGCCGCCCCAUUCUGCGGACGAAAAUGCAGCUGUUACUGCGCUGAGAAGUUUCAUUGCUAAACAUCCUCUAACGACUAAAACAGCGAUAUUCGGUAGGCGUGUGAUCUAUCAGGAUAAUGCGAUCAUGGGCCUCUAUAUGGCUGAUAAAGAAUUGCAGCAGAGGGAAUUCCUCGCAGAAUUCGGCAUCGACUACAACGCAGUUGCAAACAAUAAUAGCGAUGCAGAAGUUUCCUCGUGA